CUCGAAAAUAAACCCAUGAGUGUAUAUGUGAGUGGUGCGGUAUUUAUCGUGAGCGUGUGUUAUAAUUCCACCUUGUGUAUUCAUUGGAAAGAUUGUUGAAAAGAUCUCCCAUCUCGUAAUACUAGGGAACAUGAAAAAGAAAAUUCGUAACUUUGAAAUAAAUGGAGAGCGAAAAACUUACUUCUACUCUCGUACAAUGUGACCAUGAACUAGUGAUUGUAAAUUAAUGCCUCGUCUGGCACAAAGGAGAUCGAUUAAACCUGCGGAAAAAAUAUGAGCAAAAUGCGCAAAUCUUUCCGGUAUACUUUGCGCUCCACCCGUUAGUGUAUCUUGUAACGGACGGUGUAACUUGCGUACCGUACGCACACUACGCGAAACCAACAAAGAGCGCGAUAAGAGUUUACAUUUGUGUGCGUGCCAUCGAGAGGCGAACAUGGACAGUCGGUUGUUUUGACAUUUGUAGAAAAACAAAGCCCGGCGUCGAAAAGUAGGUUACCGAAAGUAAAAGCAGGCGUAAAUUCGGAAAGCGCAUUGCCAGCGGUGUGAAUUUCGUACCAAAACUGUACACGGUCCGCAAAGAAUAUUACGGUCUUCUGCACAAAAGGCCAGAACAGUGUGAAUUGUGGAGCGUAGUGGCAACAAGAAAAAUAAAUAUUUGCGGAGGAUCCAUCGUGCCAAAUAAUUCCAACAUGAGUUUUUCAGACGUCGUUCAGCAGCUUCGAACUACAUUCAACACUGGCAAAACGAGAGAUGUUGAUUUCAGGUUGAAUCAACUAAACGCACUGUUGCGAUGCUACGAAGAAAACACCAACGAGAUGGCGAACGUGCUAGCAGCGGAUCUCCGCAAGCACAAGCAGGAAGCACAUCUGCUCGAGAUUGAAUUCAUUCUGAACGAUCUUCGCAACACGCUGUUCAAUCUGCGUGAAUGGGUAAAGCCGGAGAAGCCCGAGAAAAGUUUGGUCAAUAUGAUGGACGGUGUGUACAUCUACAAAGACCCAUUUGGCGUGGUGCUGGUGAUCGGUGCCUGGAACUAUCCGCUACAGCUUACACUGGUACCGGUAGCUGCGGCGAUCGCUGCCGGAAACUGUGUCGUAAUUAAACCGAGCGAGGUUGCAUCGGCCACGGCUAAAUUUAUUGAAGAUGUACUACCGAAAUACUUAUCACAGGAUUGUUACAGGGUAGUGAACGGUGGACCUAAGGAAACAACCGAGCUGCUAAAGGAAAAGUUCGACUACGUAUUCUAUACCGGUUCCGGGCGCGUGGGCAAAAUCAUUCAUCAGGCGUGUAGCGAAAACCUGACGCCCUGUACACUGGAGCUCGGUGGCAAAAGCCCUUGCUAUCUUGACAGUACGGCCAAUAUUGCAAUCGCUGCACGACGCAUCUUGUGGGGCAAGUUUAUAAAUGCUGGCCAAACGUGUAUCGCGCCCGACUACGUACUGUGCAGCAAGCAAGUACAAAAGCAGUUCAUUGAGGAGGCCCGUAAAGUGUUGAAAGAGUGGUACGGUACCAAUCCGAAGGACAGUCCCGAUCUAUGCCGCAUUAUCAACCAGAACCAUUUCCAACGACUUACAUCUCUUCUCAAGGGUGCCAAUGUGGCUAUCGGAGGCGAAACGGAUCUGCAAGAUCGCUACAUUUCGCCAACCAUUUUGAUCGACGUGAAGUCUACCGAUCCCGUGAUGCAGGAUGAAAUUUUUGGCCCUAUUCUACCGAUUCUGAAUGUGGACAAUGCAUACGAUGCUAUUAAGUUCAUCAACUCGAGACCACCGCCACUGGUAAUGUACAUCUUUACGCUAGAUACCAAAAUUCAAGAUCUUUUUGUAACCGGAACACGCUCGGGUAGUAUGUGUCUGAAUGAUACGAUAAUGCAGUACGCCGUUGAAGCAUUGCCAUUCGGUGGUGUUGGCCCUAGUGGUAUGGGCUCGUAUCAUGGCAAGUACUCUUUCGACACAUUCGUCCACAAGAAGAGCUGCUUGACGAAAGAUUUCAACCCAAUCGGCGAAAAAUUGGCGGCUUCUCGGUAUCCGCCAUACUCUGAUAGUAAGCUGUCCUUCCUGAGUACCUUGCUGAAGAAGCGUCAGGGAAUCAACUUGCACUUUUUGCCAUAUCUGCUGAUGUUCGGUAUUGGCGUUGCCUCGACCCUCGUGGUGAGCACCCUUCUGAAGCGACGUUUGAAAUAAACAGCCACCCUCUCCCAUACGGAGACGCAGACGGGUGUUAUAUUGGGGUUUUAAGAAGAACGGUUACUUGAAACAAUAAUACGUUGCUCCAAACGACAUUGCUUAAGAUUUUACCACUUGUCUGAUAGAAGAUAUUGGAUUGCGGGUUCUGUAUUUAGACCCGUGCUUAUCGAAAAUAAUGUAUUCACACACAAACACUCGCAACAUUGUACGCAAAUUUGCUAAAAAUAAUCAGUACUGUAUUAGGGAUACUUCAAUAAAAUUUGAAUAUUU